GUUAAAGUCAUUAAAUUUUUACAGCUAUCUGUGGUGUAUAAUUUUGUGUAAAGUGUGAGUUCGUUUGUUACGAAGUCUUAUAAAUAUAAUUGUUAAAUAAAAAAAUAAAUAAGUGUGAUUCUUCUUAGACAAGACAGUUGUUAUAAAUAUAACUGUGCGAAAAUGGAGAAAUCUGGUAACCCGCCGCCGUAUGUGUGGGGAAAUGCCCACACCAUGCAGCCUCCCCCGGCAGCCCCGCCGAGCUAUUCCCAAGCUGUGGGUGGUGUUGGUCCUUCCAGCCCCUACACCCCUCUUUACCCACCCACUUCUGGACCAGCCAUUGUCACAACAGUAGUACCAGUGGGUCCUCAACCUACGCAUAUGAUCUGCCCCAGUUGUCAUUCUGAGAUGAACACAGACACUCAAACGAAACCAGGGCUCAUUGCAUAUGUGUGCGGAGCUAUCAUAUUUGCUCUGGGUGGAUUCUUAGGUUGCUGUUUGAUUCCCUGCUGUAUAGACAGUUGUAUGGAUGUUCAUCACAAGUGCCCCAACUGUGGAGCCUAUCUCGGACGCUAUCGACGAUAAAUUUUAUCAAAAUUGUUUCAUCUACAUGGAAAACGUGAAUCUCUUUGUUGUAAAAUCUGAAAAAAUCUCUGUAUGUGUUAAAAUACUCUCAUCACAUUUAUAAAAAUCCAGUUCAUUAUUUUUACUGCCAUCUAGACUGAAUAAGUGUAAAUCUUCCUUUAAAAUCUUUCCAUUAUAGAUGUUUAAUAUGAAACAAACUUCUUUUGCUAUAUCACUACAAAUGAGACGUGAAUAGCAUUUCCGUGCUAACUUUUGCAACAUUAUUGUUGAAAAUUGUUUUAGUCCCUAAUCGAAAACCGCUAUCAUGUAGCCAUGAACAAACUGUGAAUAGUGUUAAGUGUAGAAUAUUUCUGUUGUAACUAAUACACAAAUGUUGUGACAUUCGAAGAUAAAACUUCUAUAGACAACUUUAAUUUUACUAGACUUUUAUGUUUUAUCAGAAAUUCAUAUAUGUGUUACAUAUUCCUUAUUUAACGUUGUUUAAAACAAGGGAUAGUGUUUUUUUUAAUAUGUUCAAAAGCCUAGUUGUUUAAGUGGUUCUUGAUUUAUUAUAAUUUUUUUAGGUAUAAGCUAUAUAAUUUUUAAAUAUAUUUAAAAAUGAUUUGUUGUAUGAUGAUUGCUGACAGUAACUGCAUGAAAUAUUUACAAUAUUAUGUUAUAGUAACUGAAUAUAAUGAUAGCCGUGAUGAACGAGAAUGCUUUGAGAAAUUAACUGUAAGGUUUUUGACUAAUGAAUUCAAUUACAAAUUUGACAGAAUCGAUUUUAGAUGAUCAUGUGUUGGCGCUUGUUAUUUUUAUAAAAAUGGCAAUUGUCUUACAGCAAUAUAUUUCUUUAAUAUUGCUUGUGUUAUAUAUGACCUAACUUAAAAGUACUGCAAUAAUGUCUUCUGUCCAUUAUUCUGAGUUUAUAUUUUUACUAUGUUGUUAUUAACUUUUACAUUUUAAUAACAAAUAUAUAAAACAAUAAUUUAUUGUUAUUGAUAAAAAUAAGUGUAUUAUAAUAAAAUAAAUAUUUAAUAAACA